GAGCCCUAAAACAUCCACUGGCCCGUCGUACCAGGGACACGGGGACUUUAAAGCCGAGGCUGGAAGUGUGCUCUGUUUUUUUUUUUUUUACAUCUCUCCAUCUGGUAACCAGGGGCUUCUCUUCUCCCCUCCUCCCGUUUCAGGCUCCUUGGAGAUAGAGGAAUGCAAAUCUGCAAUCAUGAUGGAAGGAUUGAAAAAACGCACCAGGAAGGCCUUCGGGAUACGGAAGAAAGAAAAGGACACUGACUCUACGGGGUCACCAGACAGAGAUGGUGGAGAGCCCCAAGAGACUGAAUCGCCACAGAAAAAGACCAAUGGGGCUCCAAAUGGCUUCUACGGGGAGAUUGAUUGGGACAGAUAUAACUCGCCUGAGGUAGAUGAAGAAGGAUAUAGCAUCAGACCAGAUGAGGAUGAGGGAGCAGCCCCCAAAGAAAAGUCUCACUUUUUCUCCUCCAGUGAGUCUGAAGAAGAGGAGGACCACCGCAAAAAGUUUAAGAUCAAAAUCAGACCGCUGCCAGCAGACCAUAACAUUGCAGCUCCCUCGGUGGAUGAAUUAAAAGCCUCCAUUGGCAACAUAGCUCUGUCUCCCUCGCCUCUGAGGAAUAGUCCGAAACGCAGUCCGGGGCUGGCAAAAAGAAAUCCCGGUGAAGAAAUUGCACGACCGAGACGUCCUGUUCCAACGCCUGCACCAGCUCCCGUCCCUUCCCCGACACCUGCACCUGCGCCCCCUCCUGAGCCUGCUAGUAAUAAGAAAUCUCCAGUGCCAGAGGAUGCAACAGCCUUAUUCGGCCCUCCGCUGGAGACAGCCUUUGAUGAGCAGAAGACCACUGAAGUGGUGAUAGAGGAACCUGAGGUUUGGGGUGCACCCCUGCCUGAGCAACACCUAGACUCCUCUCUGGCAAGACCUUUUCCUACAGAAACUCUGCCUCCGCUUCCACCUAAGAAUGUGCCGACCUCCCCCCCUCCGAUUGAAUCUCCUGCUACAGAACCUACCGUUCCUGAUGCAGAUGGGCAGAAAGAAGAGGAACAUUCAAGGCAGACCUUGCAGAGGCCCUCUAUAACUGAUCUAGACAACAUCUUUGGCCCAGAAGACUCUCCAAAACCUGGCCAAGAUGUUGGAGAUAAGUGGGUCUGCUUCAAUGAUGAGUCGCCUGAAAGACCUCCUCCUCCUUCAGAAGGAGAGCCAGCACCUCCACUCCCCUCAUCUCCACCUCCCCCAGCAGAACCAGCACCCCCAUUACCUAAAUCACCCCGUCCAUCAGAGGAACCGAAUCCUCCUUUACCAAAAUCUCCACCUCCUCCUGCAGAGCCAGCACCUUCUCCUCCUUCCAUUGAGUCACCAAAGGAUAGCCUCCCACCUGUUCCCAAAUACACCACUCCUUCUCCUCCAACUGUCCCGCCUCCUCUGGUUGAAGAGGCCCCACCCCCACCGAAAUCAGAUGAUCUUUCUCACUCCAUAGUAGACUUUUCACUAUGUGCUCCCCUGACAGAGACCCAAUCAGACUCAACCAACAGCCCGCCAACCACUGUAGAGACAAGUGAACGCACAAUCCCUCCACCCUUAGUUCUGAACCAAGAGGACAAGAAGAGCCCUGAAGAGAACCCAACAAAAGAGGACCCAAGUGAGAGCAGUGCUUCAUCCAAAGAGAUUGGUCAAGGACCACGUUCAACACCUCCUCCUCCUCCACCUCCCUCAUACAGGGCAGUAGUGUCAUCCCCAGGGCCCGUCCCUCCAGCUGGCUCCUCCUCCCCUGCACGUCCUUCUACGCCAUUGGCUACCAGCAGCUCUCCUCCUCCCCCUCCCCCUCCUCGGCCACCCUCACGACCCAAACUGCCUCCUGGAAAACCAAGUGGAGGUGACGUGAAUCGGCCAUUCAGCCCCCCUGUACACUCGUCAAGUCCCCCUCCUUUGGCUCCGUUGGCCCGUGCAGAAAGCACCUCUUCAAUCUCCUCCACCAACUCUCUGAGUGCAGCCACCACUCCCACCGUCGGUAAAGAGCUCUCCGUGUCUGUGUCAGAAGAUGACGCUUUUGUAGACAAACUUCCCAGCUUUGAGAGACGGGCAGACAUGCCAGCAGAGACAGACCAGCCCUCCCUCGUGUGGUUUGACAGAGGCAAGUUUUAUUUAACAUUUGAAGGUAAGUUGGGGUUAAUAUCUAAGGACGUAGCGCGUGCACACUCAAGUCUCCAACAUGUGGUGAUGUGUGUGGUGAAGAUCACUGGAGAGAUGGUGUUGUCCUUCCCAGCAGGCAUCACACGGCAUUUUGCAAAUAACCCCUUGCCUGCUGUGUUAACCUUCAGCAUAACCAACUACAGUCGUCUGGAACACGUCCUUCCUAACCCUCAGUUACUGUGCUGUGACACCACGCAGCCCAAUCCGAACUCAAAGGAGUUCUGGGUGAAUAUGCCGAACCUGAUGACCCAUUUAAAGAAGGUGGCGGAGCAGAAACCACAAGCAACUUACUACAAUGUAGACAUGCUGAAAUAUCAGGUGUUACAGAAGGGUCUACAGUCCACUCCUCUAAAUCUAGCAGUGAGCUGGAGGUGUGAGCCCACCAGUACUGAUCUGAGGAUAGACUACAAAUACAACGGGGGUGCCAUGACCACUCCUGUCGCCCUCAACAAUGUUCAGUUCCUCAUCCCUGUGGACGGAGGCGUCAGCAAACUGCAGGCUGUGCUUCCUCCAGCUGCCUGGAAUGCGGAACAGCAGAGAAUCUUAUGGAAGAUUCCAGAUAUUUCUCAGAAGUCUGAGAAUGGAGGUGUGGGAUCUCUGCUGGCCCGUUUCCAACUGACUGAGGGUCCCAGUAAACCCGCCCCGGUGGCAGUGCAGUUCACCAGUGAGGGCAGCACUCUGUCAGGCUGUGACAUUGAGCUGGUUGGCCUUGGAUAUCGUUUUUCCCUCAUCAAGAAGAGGUUUGCAGCAGGAAAAUACAUGGCAGACAACUAAACAACGCCAUGCAAGUCUGCAUAUUUUGGACCAAUUCUGAAUAUUUAAAACACAGGACAUGACCCCAACCUGACCUUUGUAGAUGUACAAUACAGGUGGACCUCACACACACACUCCAGAAGUAUUAUUGUAAAAUUGCAUUGUAAAAUGUGGACCGUUUUAGGGUGUACUUCUUAUAAUUGUGAACUGUAUUCACUUUGCAACAUCUGUAUUAAGGCAGUUAAACGACCUGGGUUUGUUCGUAAGGUUAAGCCUCUAUUUCUGUUCGACGUGUUAUUGGCUGUGCCUACGUGAACCUGAAUUCUCUGUAUCCUUCUCUAAAAAUGAUACUGAACAUGUGAUGUUUUUAUUACUCUAUGCAUUCAGUUUGUCAAAAGUAUCAAAUUUUCGAACAAGGUAGCAAAAUAGUACAAUGAACAAAAGAGGAAUGAGCCUCUGCCACAAGAUGGCGCUAUACUGUUGCAUGUAGUAUGAGGUCUGCAUCGGAUUUUGGUAUUGCUCAAGCUUAUUUAGUUAUGAAAACGUAUUCAGGAAUAUCUCAUUUUAAUUUACACAGGUUCAUUAAAUGGAAAAUGAUAGAAAUUAUAUUUUGUCAAAUCUGUUUUUAGACAGCCGCAGCUUUAAAAAUCUCCUGCUUGCAAUAGACUCACAAAAAAAUGAUUUUCCUCAACAGAAAAGUCAUUUUAAAUUGAAAAUAUAUAUCUUGAAGGCCGUUUGGUGUUUUCUUGUAUUGUUAAAUAGCCUUUCUGUUGUUCUAGAAGGAACAGUGUUAGACAUAAAAGUAGCUACAUGACAUCAUUCUAUUUUUAUUUAUUCAUGAUUUGUUGUAUAAAAAAAA